AUGUCCGACGGCCAAAUGACAAAUCAACUCAACGUGCAACAGCAGGAACAACAUCCGCUGCUUUCAGCCAUCUCAGGAAAUAAUUAUGCUCAAACGCAGCGUGUGCAUUACUAUCCCAACCACUACUACCCGAGCCACUACUUGCCGGGCCAUUACCACCAAGGACACCAAGGAUACCAGGGGCAGCAGGGACGACCACCGCUCCUGGCGGCCGCCAGCAGCCACAACGGUGCUUAUGCGGCCACGGCGGCUGGCAGCGGACACUCCGGCUACGGCGGCAUAGAGCCAUCCGUGGAGUACGAGCUGCAGCAUGACCCACCCUCGGGUAGCUUCUCCUCCUUUCAUCCCAGUAGUGCGGGCAGUGGGCCCGCAUAUCCAUCUGCCCACCAUCCGCCGGCUGGUCCACCACCGGCUCCUCCGCCCACCAAAUCGUCAAAGAAAUCGAAGAAGAGCAGCGGUUCGGUGAUGAACGCACUAACGCUGCUCUCGUUCUUCUUCUUUGUUAACAUGCUGCAGAACUGCCUGAAGGAUCAUAUGGCUGACAUGAAUCCCACCGUGAUGGUGCUCACAGCCAGCGGCACUCGCAAUCGUUUCAACAAAUUAGCCGAGAUGAAUUCACGCGAACAGACCUCGACAACGGCCACCGAAUCGGUAACGGCAUCGGCAGCGGCAUCAUCUUGGAAUCAUCAGGCUGCUUUAGUUCCGGCCGUCGAGCCAAGUGUGCCGCCCUCCAUUGUUACGCCCACGGUGGUGCUGCAAUCGCCCUACAGCCGUCACACGGAGAUGGCCAAUAAGCCGCCCCAACGCCAGCCAAUGGAGUACCAGUCGAACCCUCAGCAAAAUCAUCACGAUUAUCGGCCCCACAACGCGAAUGAUGAUGCUUAUAAUUACGGGCAGCGCCGACCUCCGCCUCAGACCUUCUCCACCUCCGAUGGCGGCGAUUUCUAUCCUAAUCGCACACACAUCGACCACUCGUCCCGGCCCGACUUUGAAUCGGAGUCGGGCUCCGAUUACUAUCAGCACCACUAUAACCCGUAUGCUGGCACAAACUCCCAUCGGCAUCCUUGGUCUUAUGGCAGGCAGCGUUACUCAUCCGCACCGUGGUCUUCAGCUUCGUUGGGCGCUCAGUCGGGCGUGAGCUCUUACUUGGAUAAUGCCCAGCGACGGCAAGGUGAUGAUGACGAUGGUCAUGGUUAUGGCUAUGGCUAUGGCCACAGGGAUAGGGAUCGGGAUAGGGAUAGGGAUACGGAUGCAGAUGGUUUCUGGGAUGAGGACGAGAAUGGUCAGCAGCGGCGACGCAGCGAUGCUUUCUAUACUCGCACACGCAUUAAUUGA